GAUGGAAGAGAAGUUUUCGGGAUCGACAGAAGCAGCGGAGAGAUCCGUCUCCGGGGUGACUUAGACUUUGAGGAUGUUGGUCUGUAUCGCCUGCAAGUGGACGCAGGGGAUCAGGGCAAUCCCCCGCUGUCGGGUCACUGCAAGGUGGUGGUGGAGGUGCUGGACGUGAACGACAACGCGCCGGAGGUGCGGGUGACGUCGCUGUCGGUGCCGGUGCCGGAGGACGCGGCGGUGGGGACGGUGGUGGCGGUGCUGAGCGUGUGGGACCGGGACUCGGGGGCGAACGGUCGGGUGCGGUGCGCGGUGUGGCCGGCGUCGCCGUUCGGUCUGGUGGCGACGUUCGCGGGCUCGUACUCGCUGGUGGUGCGGGAGGCGCUGGACCGGGAGCGGGUGUCGGAGUACGAGGUGGAGGUGCGGGAGGAGGACGGCGGGGCGCCGGCGCUGCGCGGCAGCGAAGUGGGGAGCUGGUCGUACUCGCAGCGCCAGAGCCGGAGCCUGUGCGUGGCGGAGGGCGCGGGCAAGAGCGACCUGAUGGUUUUCAGCCCCACCUCCCCGCCGCCGCCGCCCGGCCCCGCGGCGAAGGAGACGCAGCCGGAGCCGCCCGCUCUGCUGGACACGGUCAGUGGCCCUCCCUUCCUCGCCUCUCGCCCCUUGCCCUGA